UUGUACUCCAAACGUGUUGUAGACGAGAAAACAAACGGGCGCGUGCGCACUUAAAAAAUAUUAAUAAUUUUAAACGAUACUUUGGAAAAAAAAAUAUUUUAAAAAUAUUAAUUUGAUAAAUUAAAAAAUUUAUGAAUUUUGAACACUAAUCCAGAGAGAUAGAAAAUUUAAAUUUAAAAAAAAAUAACAACAGUGACAAUAAUUAAUUAAAAUUUUUCGUAAAAAAAUAUUUGUUUUAUAAUAAUGCAAUAUUUGCUAUGACAAGUUAUUGCUUAAAUGAAAUUACAAGUUGAUCUGCAUUCCAUUGAAAAGAUCAUUGAGUUAGAGCGAAUUGUUGGUCAAUUUAAAGCUUAUGGUGGUUGGUGGUGGUGUUGCUGUUGACUUGAUCGGUUUAUUAAUUCGCAGUUUGCUCAUCAUUUUGCCAUUUCUCGUUCGGCUGGCAAAGAAAUCGAAAGUGACUUGCCAAGCAAGCGCAACUCUAUUCUCCAGAGUCUAUAGCAAAAAAAAAAAUAAUAACGUUUAACAACGCGUAGUUAACGUUAAAGUGCAAAAAUAUUUAUAUUUUAAAAUAAAAAGUAAAAAAAUCGAUUUUGUAAAUUUAAAGAAAAGAAAAAAAAGAUUUUUAUUUUGUGAGAAAAUCGUAACGUCUGGCUUAUAAAAAAAAUUAUUUGAAAAACAUUUGACGUUAAUUACUGGCAAUAGUUUAAAGUGAAAGUACUACAAAUUGAAUAACUUCCUUUGUAUACAAACGUAUAAUAAAAAAAUAAAAGAAAAUAUAAAUCUCUAUAAAAUAGUUUUUAAAAAAGAGCACAAAUAAAUAGAUUUUAACAAAAUGUUAUUUAAAAUAUUCCUCUGUUGCCUUGUGGCAAGUCUAACUUUAGCCGAAAACUCAAUUGAUUCUACUGUGAUACCCACCGAAGUUCGUGUUGAAUCUUCAGUAUCGUUUGAAACAUCUCACAAGCGUCCCGAAGCCUUGGGCGAUGAUGCUUUCCAAACAUCUCACAAAAUUAAUCACUAUGAUGUAGAGAACAUGAAUCUCUUGCCCAGCAAAGAGAAACCUGAACUAAAUCCAAUUCUAAGUGCUCUCAUCAAUGAGGAUGUCAUGAAGAGUAUAGAAGCCAAACGUGCCAUUGAAGAGGCUGAAUUGGAAAUCAUUAAAGCUGAGGUAGAUGCUGCCGUUAAAGCUGAAGAAAAGAAAAUUGAAGAAGCUAAAGAAGCUGCCGCCGAAGCCAAAGAAAAUGAAGAAGAUGAUGUGGCCACAGAGGGAACUGUUAAUGUUCUAACAACAGCCGCUCCCAUGAAAAAAACUGAAUUGGAAAAGGAUGAUGAUGUCAAUGUAGGUUUUGUUGAUCAAGCUAUCGCUUUGGAAACCGCUGGUACCGAAAACAAUAAGAAAUCACGCAUCGAAAUUAAAAAGGGUCCCAAUGGCCAGGAUUAUGAAUACGAAUAUGUCUACUAUUAUGAAGACGAAGAAGAUGAUGCUAAACCUAAAGGAGCUGUUGCCGAAGAUGGUGAAGAAGCCGAAACCAGAGGCAAGUCACGUUACACCAACAUUGAACGCAGUACUGCUGCUACACCAGCCGAUAAUAGUUUAGUCAGUGGCAAAGCCAAGGGCCGUUCCUCCAAUGUUGAAGAAGAUAUUGAAGCUGAACGUUUACCCCAAAAUACUCGUUUCCCUAGCCGUGGUAAAACUGCCGAUGUUCCUCCUACUCCCGCCUUGGAUUCAGCCGAUUCUGCUGCCGAGAAAAAGAAAAUCAGUGUCAAGCGUCCCAGUUUGGAAUUGGUAGAUAGCGAAACUUUCAAUACAGAUGAAAAACAAGCCAAGAGCUCUCGCAAUUCUGAUGAUACAAAGUCUGCCAUUACCAUUGAACAAGAAGCUGCUGCUGCCGCUAAAGAUGCCGAAGAAGCCGAGGCUGCUAAGGCUCAAGAAAAGGAAGAAGAUGCUGCCAUGGAUCCUGAUGAGGAUGUAGAACAAACUACACCUGCAAUGGAAAAGGCUGCUUUAGAUUUGUAUGCUCUCUUGACCAAUGAAAACAACAACAUGGACAUGACCACUGACUCUGAUAUGGAUUUCACUACCAUUGUACCCGAUACCACCGAUAUGUAUGGCGAUGAUCUUUUGACCACCAUUGUCGAUGAAGAACCCAGCAGUACUACCACCACUACCACAACUACAACUACUCCAGAACCAACUACCACUACUACUACCACUACAACAACCACCACCACAACACCAGCUCCUUCUUUGUUUGGUGGCAGACGUGGUGCCAGUAGCUCAAAUGGUCGCAACCGCUUCAAGCUUAAGUCUAGUAACAGCCCCUCAACCACCACAACUGAAGCUCCUUCAGAAGCUCCCAAAACUGGCAAGAACCGUUUCUCUCGUCCUUCCAUUGGUGGCCGUAACCGUCCUGGUGCCAGAACUACAGCUGCUCCAGCUCCCGCUGCUGCUGACGAAGAACCUCAACAAGAGGAAGAAGUUGCCGUUAAACCCGUUAGCUCAGGAUUUUCACGCAACAGACCACGCAACCGUUUCAAUCUCCGUGGCAGUACUACUACUACUGAAGCUCCAGCCCAGGAUUCUAACGAUAACCAAGAAGAAGCCGUUUCAAGCACUACCGCUCGUUCUCUUAGAGGAGGACGUCCAACACUUAGCAUUCGUGGUCGUGGCAGUCGUACUACUACUACCAAAGCUCCAGCUAACGAAGAAGAAGUAAAUGAUAGUGACAACAGCGUAGAUGACAAACCCUCCACACCUGCUCCCAGUCACAGUGGUCCCGUCAGACCUUCCCGUUUCAACCUAAACCGUGCUGGUGCCGGACGUUUGCCAGGCCGUGCCAAACUCGGUCGUGCUACUACGGAAGCACCAGCUGCUGCUGAGUCUGAUGACUCAGCUGCCGAUAGCUCACAUCACAAUGAUGUUAAAGGAGAAGGUGGAGAAGCUGCUGAAAAACCAGCUGAAGAACCAGCAUCCGCCAAUGUUGGUGGCUUGAACCGCUUGAAGAAUCGUCCACGUUUAGGUGGUAUUCAUAAGACUGAUAACAAACCAAAAGUAGCUCCUGCGCCAGUAGCACCACGCAAAGUUAAUCCUCUGCUUGCCAACAGACGCCUCAAAGUAGGACCUUCAACAACAGAAGCUGCCCCCGUUGAAGAAGCACCAUCCGCUUCUGGAGAAGAAUCCGAGUCCAAGGAAGACUCUGCCACAGCUCAGGAUGAAGCUAAGGAUGAGACAACAGAAGAAACAGAAACCACCACCAAACAAGCACGUGGUUUAGGACUUUUAGGUCAAAGAAGGCGAUUGCCCUUAAGAAAACCAGGAACAUUAUUGUAAAAAAUUUAAUUCUUUACACACACCUCCUUUGCCCUUUUCUGCCUCCUAUUUGAGUACUCAAAAGCAAUUUAAUGCUCAUAAAUGUAUCUUUAAUACUCAUAAAAGAUAAACAAAUAACUCUUUUCUAUUUAGUAAUAAAUACUUUAUAUGCUCCCUUUUAUCCUUGUAUUUGUAUGUAAAUUAAUUAUUUUAUUUUUUUCGUUUUAUAUUAUUAUAUUGUUUAUAUACUUUUCAUUUUGAAUAUUUUGAUUUGUGAAUUUUAAUGUUAUUCCGGUAGUCUGUAGUUUCUUUUGUAACGAACCACAAGUGAAUGAAAGUGGUUUCAAUGUAAGAACAAGAAAAAAACACUUAGGUAAACCC